CGCCUUGGGCAGCGAACCACCACUCUCGGCCGCCGUCUCAGGAUAACUUCACAUCCCGCCAUUUCAACCACCGCCCACCUCUUUGCAUCAAGUCUUGUUUUUGCGCGCUCAACUUUUGAAAUUCUUGCCGCAGUACAGUGUCGUUUUCGAGUUACAAUACUCCAACACAAUGGCUUCGACCAACUACAAGGAGGCGUUCUCGCUGUUCGACAUUCGUGGUGUCGGCCGCGUCGCCCUCGACAAGCUCGGCGACCUCCUCCGUGCCUGCGGGCAAAACCCGACUCUGGCCGAGAUCCGCGACCUCGAGAAGAGCGUUGGUGAUGAAUUCGACUUUGAAACUUUCCAGCGCAUCCUGAACCGGCCGGGCGGCUUCCGCGACCCCGGCGAACCAGAGGAAUACUGCCGCGGCUUUCAGGUGUUUGAUAAAGACAUGACGGGGUUCAUUGGUGUCGGCCAGCUCAAGUACAUCCUCACGAACCUCGGCGAGAAGAUGUCGGAAGAGGAGGUAGACGAGCUACUCAAGGCCGUCGACACCAGCUCGGGGCAGGUCAAUUACACAGAGCUCGUACGCACCAUUCUCUCCAACUAGAGGUCAUGAGAAGACGGGGGGUUACGAAGCAGUCACGGACCGGUUUGGCAACGAGCCGAUCUACGAGAUGGCGGUCACGGAGGGAAUUGCAUUGAUUGCGUGAUGGGCGGCUGGCGUUGGAGUUGUGCGAUCUGGAUUGUAUUAAAUUUGGGCGCCUGGAUUGGUAUUGAUGAUGCACCAUUCAGGACUUGGGAUAGGGCACACAGGUUAGGACCUACCUAGAUAGCAAUAGGAAGUCAUUCCACCAAA